CCGAUUUCGAUGCUCUGCGCAAAAUGAUGACGAAAUUGUGCGGUAAUAAUUGGAUUCUGAUUGUAUUUGCUCCGCAAAAACAGCACAAGGCUGUCAUGAAGCAACUUUACAACUGGGACGAUGCAGAGGUGCUACUCGGGACUUGGAAGCAUUAUCUCGCGUUCGGAACGGCUGUCAGCAAGUAUGGAAACUGGCAAGUCGAUUAUAAGGACACGAUGGCGGUCGUCCUGCAUGCUGAGGGGGACGACCUYAGGAAGGUAACGARGGCUCCUAAAUCGGAGGCAGAGAUAGUGGAGCUGAACGUUGAUGAGGAGCAAUUCAARAGAUGCACAGCAAAGCACGGUGGCGAGGAAGGAAACGAACGAGAGGUGUAUGGGCGGUGGGAACGACAUCCUAAACGGUUGCAGAAGUUGUGCAGUUCGUUUCUGCACGAGGACCAGGGGGUGAUUCUUAUUGGAAAGUCGCAUGUCGGACUUGUGUGGGAGCUCCUGCGCACUGACCAUUAUGUUUUUGCAUGCGACUCGUCGUCAAAAGACAUUUCAUACUUGACGAAGGUCAUCGAAAUUCUCGGGAAGGAUGCGAGAAACGAAUGCACCGUUGAGAGACAGAAGACUGCGCAUCGUCCUGACAGGGACAUGUACCAGAAGCUGGGCAAGAAGAGAAACAAGAUGUGGGAAUAUUUGUUCCAAGACCAACCCAAGACGCCAUUCGAGCAUGACUACAUAGUUCGCAAAGCGAUGACACAGGAAGCGUAUAGUGGCUACCAUAAAGCGCAAGUGGGGUCGUUUGCGAUGUUCGUAGCAAGAUGCGAACGAAUGAAGUUCGGAGGAAAUCAGGCAAUGCUGACGUACAAUGGAUACAACAAGAUUGCCAAAGAAUAUGAUGCGUGGAAUCCGAUCGAGAGCGAUGAGGAGACUGAAACCUCAGACCUCGAAAUCGAGGAGCGAGUGAAACGUAUGCGAGAGGGAAUGGAAAGCGUGCCUGCAUGCAACGCGCCAAGCCUCCAGGAAGAAGAAGUUCGCACGAAAUCGGCGGGUGCGAGCAGUCCAACGCGUGACAUGACCGACAGGGCGAGUUCCAUUGAACACAUGCAAACGGAUUCGCUUACGCCAAUUCAAACACUUGAGAAUGUACUGAUUCAUGGCAAUCGUCAAGGGUUCCGAAAAAACGCUCAAUCUCGAGGAAACCCGGUCAACGAAAUGCGGCCAGACGAUGACGAGGAUGACUUUGCGGUUCCAAAUGCCCUCCCGAAGCUGAUGCUCGGUGAUGAUAUCCCUGAUAGCAUUGCGCAGGUCAGUGAACAGCCGUACUUCAUUCCAGACAAGGUGCCAGAAACGACGUCUGACAAGUGGGGGCAUCACAUUUUGUGGCAUAUGGACCUAUUCGAGCCAUGCAUUGUACAGGGGAAGUGGAUGAUGGCAGUCCAUCUAACAAAAGGAUGGAAAGUCAGAGCCAGACUGGAUGAAGCCUCGUGACUGAAAUUGGCGAAGAGCGAAAUCG